ACGAAACAGACAGAACUGAUAAUUUUCGUGUGUAAAUGUGUUGUUAAUGAUAGAUGGAGCUCAAAAAGUGUAUUUAAACCUUACCAAAUCGAAAAAAAAAAUCUAUUCUUUCGGAAGCACUCGUUAAGUAAAGGAAAUUACUAGUAUCACGAUCAACAAUGGAUUCAUAUAAAGUAGAGCAAGUACCAUCACCCCUAAACGUAUUAGGAGAAGGUCCACAUUGGAGUAUUGAACAGCAAUGCUUGUACUAUAAUGACAUUUACGGUGGAACUAUUCAUCGAUACGAUUAUGCGGAGAACAAAACAUACACUGCAAAACUAGAUGGAUAUCCAGUUAUCUCAUUUAUCACCCCGGUGAAGGGCAGAAAGACGGAAUUCAUAAUUGGAACUGAUAAAAAAAUUACACUCAUUCAUUGGGAUGGCGUUUCUGAACAGGCCAAAUUUUUGAAAACUAUUGGAGAAGUUGAAUUUGAUUUGCCAAACAACCGAUUCAAUGACGCUAAAACAGACUUCAAAGGACGUUUUUAUGGUGGAACCAUGAGACUUGAAGCAAAAGGUGACAUUUUUGAAGUGCGUCUCGGAUCCUUCUAUCGCUAUGACGCCAAGCAGAAGAAGUUUGUGGUUCUUAAGAAAAAUAUCGGCGUUUCUAAUGGCUUGUGCUGGAAUGAAACUGGAAAUUUGCUAUACUAUAUUGAUUCGUGUGAUUUGGAUGUCAAGGAGUAUCAUGUGGACGAAAAUGGAGAUCUUUCAAAUGAAAGAAAAGUAAUCGAUUUCACUGUCGAUGGAGCCCGUCCACCUUUUGUGCCUGAUGGAAUGACUAUUGAUACGGAAGGUUUCCUAUAUGUGGCCACCUUCGGUGGUUCAACUGUUUUCAAAAUAAAUCCCAGGAAUGGAAAAAUCGAAUUGGAAAUAAAGCUGCCAUGCGAACAAGUCACUUCAGCUGCUUUCGGAGGUCCUAACCUUGAUGUUCUUUUCGUGACAACUGCUGCUAAAGAAUUUAAAACACCUCAACCACCUCCAGCAGGUGCGUUAUUCAAGAUCACCGGCCUGAAUGCGAAAGGAACACCAAUGUACAGCGUUGACUUGAGUUAACAAGGAAAUAUUUGAAACCCAGUUCAACACACUAAUAAAUAUAUUGCCAGAGUCUAUAUGCUCUUAUCCACCGGGAUACUAAAUUCACUUAGACCAAUAAUUUUGACACUUGAGCGGGGCACGCUUUUGUAAGCUCCCCACGUGUUCUGACCCCACUGUAGUGCCACAAUGGUCUAAUCCAAAGGUGUACUAAAUUCACCCGGUCUGAGAAUUGUGACACUUGAGCGGGCACGCUCUCGUAUGAUCCCCACGUGAUCUGAACCCGCUCUAGUAUAAAAAUUCUUCGAUCGAGUUAGUUUAGUACAACAGUGGAUAAGAUCAUGGUCUUAUGGUGUACUAAAUUAGCUCGCCCGAAGCAUUUUGACACUAGAGCGGUUCCAGAUCAAGUGGGGAUCAUACAGGAGCGUGCCCCGCUCAAAUGUCAGAAUUCUCAGACCAAGUGAAUUUAGUACACCUGUGGAUAGGCCAGGAGAAGUGGAUGAACUUGUCAUUCAUUUUUCUGUCAAUUUCCAUACAAAAUCUACUUUUUCUCUGCUAUAAAUUCACUCUAGGUGAACCACUUCCCCUGGCCUAUUAGAUCAUUCUUGGACUGAAUGAAUUUAGUACACCGGUGGAUAAGUCAAUACACAGGCAUGCGCUAAGAGA